CAAAUCUAUUAAAUAUAAAUAUGACAAGUUAAGUGAUUCCAUUAUAAACUUAAGAAGAGGAGAAUCUAAACUUAGAUAAGAGUUAAUCAAUAAUUUCUAAGAAUUCAAAAACAAGAUAAUAAUAAUAAUAAUCGUCUGUACCUGCUCUAUUAAAUCCAACAAAAUUAAGUAAAAGAGGAACAGUGUAAUUGGAAAAUGAUGUAGAAGAAGAAGUUAAUUCAAUACUUCACAUAAGUAUUAUAUUAUUAGCAAUUUAAAGUGGUCACUUCUCUUAUGGGUAUUCUUAAUCAUAUUUAUCUAUGUCAUUCACAACCUUAUUUUCAUAAAUGUAUUAAGUUUUAUAUAUUUAAGCACUCUAUAAGGAUCUGAGAUUGAAGAGUAAGGAUUAUUUAGUGCAGUAUUAUCUAUAGGAUAGAUAAUAGGAGCACUAAUGACCAAACCACUAUUAAAAUAUACAACAAGAAAUUAAUCACUUUUAAUAGCAGAUAUUUGUGGAGUUUUGAGUAUUUUGCAAGUUGUACCAAAUAGAGAAGUCAUUUUAACAUUUAGAUUUUUUUAUGGAAUUUGUUUAGGUAUUUCAACUAUAAUUAUGCCUAUAUAUGUUAAAGAAUUAAGUCCAUAAAAAUAUUAUGAAGCUUUUUCAGUUAUGGCAGGGUUUUUAGUAGGAGGAGGUUUAUUAUUUGCUAAUUUUAUGGGCUUAGGAUAUUUAAAUAAUGAAUUAAGAGGAAAUGAUUCAUAUUAUUGGUAGAUUGUUUUUGCUAUCCCAGCAUUAUUACAUUUUUUGAGAUCAUUUAUUGUUACUUUCAUAUAUUAAAUGGAUAGUCCUGUUGGAUUAGUUUAAAUCAAGAUGCUUUAAUCAGCUAAAUAAAUUAUAUAGAAAAUAUAUUAACCAAAAUAUAUUGAUUAAGUCCUUAUAAAAUGUUAAUUAAGAGUAUAAUAUAAUGAAGAACAUUAAGAAGGUAUUCUAAGUCUUUUUACUAAAAAACAUAUUAAAACAUUAACUAUUGGUUGUGUCUUAGUAUUUAUUACCCCAUGGUGUGGAUUAGUUGCUUUAUUCUCUUAUAGUUCAUAAAUAUUUGAAAUAAUGUCAGAUGGAGAUGUUACAUUAAAUGCAAUGUUUACACUUAUUCUUGGAAUAGUAUAAUUUACUCCUGCAUUUAUUUCUAAAUAUGUUUAUGGUAGAUGGGGUAAAAGACCAAUAUUACUUUAUGGACUCAUUUCACUUAUUAUAUGUUAAAUACUAAUUAUUAGUUUAAGUUAUAUAGAUUCAUUUGCUGCAACCAUUGUUAAUUUUAUUAUUAUUUGUCUAUUCUCAUUUAUAUUUGCUUUGACACUAGGACCUAUUACAUGGGUAUAAUUUAUUUUAUAUUUUAUAGUCUAUGACUCCAGAAAUAAACUCAAGUGAAGGAACAUAUUUUUGUUUUGUUACAUUAUAUGCUUGGUAAUUACUUAUUUUAUAUAUAUUUCCAUUUAUGUUAGAUGGAAUUAAAAUGAGUGGAUCUUUCAUUGUUUUUGCAAUAUUAACAACACUAUCAACUAUAUUCUUUUAUCUUUUCGUUAAAGAAACAAAAGGUUUAAAUCAUAAUGAAAUAGAUAAGUUAUAUGGAAAAGAAUGA